UCUAUUCCAGCAGUGUUUCUAUAUAAUAAGAGCUGAGAGCCACACAUUUCAUACAAUAAACCUAAGGGAGCUCCAACCAUGAGACUUGUAAUCCUGGUGCUGAUUCUCUGUGCGACUCUGUACUGCACUGACGGGCUACCAACCAAUUUCGCCCACUGCUGCACUGAAGUUGCCAGACGGAUCCCCCAAAACUUGCUUCCCCGUGUGACUGGGGUGCAAAUUCAGAAAAGCGAUGGAAUCUGUAACAUUCGGGCAGUUGUGCUCCAAGUUAACAAUAAAAAGAUCUGUAUGGAUCCCAAGAACAGAAGUCUACAAAAAUGGAUGAAGAAACGACAUCCCAAAAAAAAUGUUGUGAGAGCUUCACAUUAUCCCAGCGUCUGACUAAUAUCCCAACUAUAAAGUGUUAUUCAGUAGCUACAGUCAUAUAAUAUUUGUUCGCGGAUUAUCAAACAGGCAAUCAAAUAGCGUAAAAUCUUUUACUUUGCCUUUGCUUUGUGUCUUGUAUCUGAGGAGAGUAGAAGACAAUGAUGAUGAUGUAGAAAGAUCUCACUGGCACAAGCUCAUGGUGUUACUUUAUUUCCUAAUGGGAUGACAGUUGCGACAGACGUAGAAACCCACAGCAGCCUGUCACCUGGUAACAGGUACUCUUCUGCUGAUUGGUCGCUAUGGGUUAUUUGCACCUUUAAUACUUUACUCUAGUUACGUGGGGCUUCAGGUUUCACCAUAAAGUUUCACAUAGUUGAAGACAAUCAGGCACCUGAAAGCAACUUGCAGUUGGGUCUUUAUUGCUGAUUGAAAGUAUAUUUACUAAUGCAAUGCUUAUAUGUGAUUAAGUGCAAUUAAAGGGACAAACCCUCA